UGGUCACACCUGGUUGAGGGUGUUAGGGUAGCGCCGACGCUGCUUUCGGCCCUGGGUUCGAGCCCUGGCUGCCUGCUGGGUACCAGCCCCCCACCAGCAGGCCUCUUAGCCGCUGCAUUUAGACCUAGUUGAGAGGAACGUUGAUGCUGAGCGAGGUGACUUGUCCGAGGACCUGCUCCCUGGCCUGGGCACUCCCUGCUGGUGGCACCGCUCCUGUGAGUCCCGGUCUAACGUCGCUGUCCCUCCCGCAGCCGCAGUGGAGCAGCCAACAGAGCCCUGCCCAGGACGCCCGGGUUGAGGACACAGGCCAGCCAUCGCCGCCUCGGCCAGCACCUGCCCACCAGCGCUUGGGCAUCAGUGCUGCCCCUGGCACACCGGAAGGUGUGCUGUGGCCCAGGGACACAUGGCGGAGGUGGGGGCAGGCGAGCCUUCCCCUGCCUUGGAGGUCGAGCAAGGGACGGAGUAUGACGUCCUGCCUCGCCAUACCGCCUCCCUCAGUGACUCGGAUUCGGACUCCAACCUCAGCCUGCCUGGCAGUGCUGACCUAGAGGCUCUGUCCCCAGAGGGGCUGCCUGCGGGGGCCCCAGGGGACUCGGGCCCCGACACACCACCCUCACCACCCAGGAUCCUUUCCGCAGCUGCGGUGCAGCCUUUCCACCUGCGGGGCACGAGCAGCACCUUCUCCCAGCGCAGCCGCAGCAUCUUCGACUGCCUGGAGGGGGUGGCCAGGCGGCCUGCACCCCCGACCGCCCAGGCUGGCGUAGGCGGUGGCGGGAGCUUCGAGCAGCCCCUGGUGCCCUCAGGCCAGCCUCUAGCAGAGAGCUCAAGCAGAGCCAGUCAGAGCCUCGUCCCCCCGAGGGUGCCCCCCGUCCCCGACUAUGUGGCCCACCCUGAGCGCUGGACCAAGUACAGCCUGGAAGACGUGGCCGAGGCCAGCGAGCAGAGCAACCGGGCCGCCGCCAUGGACUUCCUGGGGUCCCAGAGCUUGACUGCCCCCAGUGACUACGCACCCUCCUUCAACCAGGACCCCUCGAGCUGCGGGGCAGGGAGAGUUGUCUUCAGCAGGCCGACCCGAGCUGCCGAGGCCAGACCUGAGAGGAAGAGGGGUCUGAGGAAGGCGGGCGAGCCUGGCGGGGACGAGGGGUCAGUGCAGCUGGCCCACCUGGCCAGGCCUGGGAGCCCAGAGGCUGAGGAGUCAGGCAGCCCACACGGGGGCCUGCAGGAGGUGGGCAUGGCAGAGGGGGUCCCCCACAGUGGGCCAGUGGCAGGCGCCCCGGCAGUGGAGACUGUUGGCUUCCACGGCAGCAGGAAGCGGAGUAGAGACCACUUCCGGAGCAGGGGCGGUGGCCCUGAGGCCCCAGGUGCUGAGGGCUGACAGCAGACUGCCCCUGGGGCAGGGAGCCAGGUGGACUGCCUGGAGGUGGCACCAGUGGCCCUGGCUGGGGCUCAGGCAGAGACUCGCUACGGGGAGAGUGGAAGCCCUGACCCACUGGGUGCCCGUGGGGAACAAUAAAAGUUUUGGGUGUGCUCAGGCUCAGUGUCUCUGUAGCUGCCCCACAGACCCAUGUGGCUGGGUCUUCCCUCCUCAGCCCACCCCGUCGCCUGGUUCUCACACUGAUUCUCCUGAGUGUCGUGGGCUCGGAGGGGUUUAAGUUCCUGUGUUCACCAGGGCAGGUCAUCCCAAAGGGAUUGAAGUGACCCCGCUCUGUCCAAAGAAGGCCCAGGGCUCUUCCAGGGGUGGGCUUGUGCCUCAGGCAUGCAGCCUGUGCCCUAGAGGUCUGCAGAGCCAGGGUCAGGGGCAAGGGUGGUUGAUAAACUUGGUGCGAGGAGGCCAGGGUUGGGGUGGAGGCCUCCGCAGCCCUGGCCAUGCUUGCCCCUCUGGCCUGCCAGGGCCACAUGUGAAGAUGCACUGUCCUGGGACCGGGUUGCUAUGACAACUGGGUUUGGUGCCGUGCUUCUAGCAGCCAAGGGAAGGAGGACGGUCCCCUCGGUGCCGGGGAAGGCAGCCAGAGCAAUCACAGCUUCCGGUGACGGGCAGCAGGAUUUGGGGUGAGGGGUGCCAGCCUGUGGUGCUGACCCCAAGGGAAGGAGGGACAGAACUGGCUGGCCCUCACCUGGCACAGGUGAGGCCUCUCGGCUGCACAUGGUCUAUGACG